ACUACUCUAAUGCUACUAGUAUAUAUAUUACUUGCAAUUGUAAUAAAUUAGCUCACCUAGAACAAGCCAAGUGUUGUACAAAUAUGCAAAAGCACAAACUUAACUGCACUAAGCCAUUUGCAGAAGCUACCACCCACCCCUGUAUCCCUCAUCUCCUUUGUUAGAUCCUUGGGUAAAACUCUCGCCAUGUGCGGCGGGGCCAUUCUCAGUGAUCUCUACUCACCAGUGAGGCGGACGGUCACUGCCGGUGACCUAUGGGGAGAGAGUGGCAGCAGCAAGAAUGUGAAGAACUGGAAAAGGAGUUCUUGGAAGUUUGAUGAAGGCGAUGAAGACUUUGAAGCUGAUUUCAAGGAUUUUGAGGAUUGCAGUAGCGAGGAGGAGGUAGAUUUUGGACAUGAGGAAAAAGAAUUCCAAUUGAACAGUUCGAAUUUCGUGGAAUUCAAUGGCCAUACUGCCAAAGUCACCAGCAGGAAGCGAAAGAUCCAGUACCGAGGGAUCCGGCGGCGGCCUUGGGGCAAAUGGGCAGCAGAAAUCAGAGACCCACAGAAGGGCGUCCGAGUUUGGCUUGGCACGUUCAGCACUGCCGAGGAAGCUGCAAGGGCAUAUGACGUGGAAGCUCUACGCAUACGUGGCAAGAAAGCCAAGAUGAAUUUCCCUACCACCAUCACAGCUGCUGGGAAACACCACCGGCAGCGUGUGGCUCGACCGGCAAAGAAGACGUCACAAGAGAGCCUGAAGUCAAGCAAUGCCUCUGGUCAUGUCAUCUCAGCAGGCAGCAGUACUGAUGGCACCGUUGUCAAGAUCGAGUUGUCACAGUCACCAGCUUCUCCACUACCAGUGUCCAGCGCAUGGCUUGAUGCUUUUGAGCUGAAGCAGCUUGGUGGAGAAACCCCUGAAGCUGAUGGGAGAGAAACCCCUGAAGAAACUGAUCAUGAAACGGGAGUGACAGCGGAUAUGUUUUUUGGCAAUGGCGAAGUGCGGCUUUCAGAUGAUUUUGCGUCUUACGAGCCUUACCCAAAUUUUAUGCAGUUACCUUAUCUAGAAGGUGACUCGUAUGAAAACAUUGACACUCUUUUCAACGGUGAAGCUGCUCAGGAUGGAGUGAACAUCGGAGGUCUUUGGAAUUUCGAUGAUGUGCCAAUGGACCGUGGUGUUUACUGAAGCACAACAGCCUGAAGAAAUCACUGAUUCAGCCUGAAGCACAUCAGGAAGAAGCAGGCUGUAUUUCAGGUGAUUUUGCAGUGACAUAACUUCUGUCGACCUGUGGUGCUACUCCAAGAUGAUUCCUAGUUCUUUCCGGUUGGAAUACCCAAAGAGUGGGGCAUGAUGAACUUGUGAGCUGAGAAACAUGUUUAGCUGUUGCGUGAUUUUUUUUUCAUAUCAUGUCCCCAACCCCCAAAUCAUUGUUCCAUCCAUUUACCAUUCAGGUGUAUGUGUACUGGAAUCUUUCUGUAUCAUGAGUUUGUGCUUAAUAUCAAAUUCAACUCAAUCUGCUGAGCUU